UAACAAAACAAGCUUUUGUGUUAAGAUUAGCAUUGAAAAUCUUCUAUUGGAUAUACGAGAAGUUUCUCUAUUUCCUGUCCAAGUUUGCCGAAACUACAACUAAGUUAUGUACCUGAUUCGGAACUAGAUCACAAUGACUUUGUACAUCGACAGCAAACUGAACUUUACUGACAACAAUGUUGUUUCAACUCUGGGUUCCUGGCAUCCAUCCUUACCUCUCUUGGCUUUAGGUUCAUAUAACCAAGAAAAAGGAGGCUUUGUGACAAUAUUUCACGAAAAUGGACUGGCAUUAGAAGGCUGUGAAUGGCCAAUAUUACUAUCAAAUCAAGUAACAGCAAUGGCUUGGCAUCCAACCAGAAAGCUACUUGUAGUGGGUUGGGAUGGAGGUGAACUUUACAUCUGGCUUGAGUACUCCUGGGCGCGUCUUGAAGCACCCCACAAUGCUGCUUUGACCACAGUUGCCUUUAGUUUAGGCGGUGGUCGAUUGCUAGCCGCAGAUGCUGCUGGCUCUCUAUCUGGCUGGCAAUCAGCCUCAGGAGCACCUCUAACCUCUUUCCACCAUCAACUUGGUGAUGUUAUCACCCAUGUUACCUUCUGUCCUGUUCGCCCAACUGGGGAGACUUCAAUAAGAGGAUUAGCCAGAGCUGCAGUAGCUGGUGAUGAGAAUGCACUAGAUGCACUAGCUGCAUGGAGACCUCGGACCACUGCUAGGAUGAGAGAGGGCUCCCAGCCAGACAAUCAUUCUUGCUAUGCAGCACAAGAUAAUGGAGCCAUUUUAUAUAUUGAUCAUGCCGGUUCAUGUUCAGAGGUUCUUAAUGCUCCGGGAAAUAUAAUAUUCAUGGGCAUGAUAAGUAAUGUUUAUCUAUUAAUGGCUUGGGAAAAUGGCGGGGCUCUAAGCUUGACAAGAUUCAUCACCUCUGAUGAUGGGAAUAUCACUACAGAUACACAUGUUAGAAUGGCAGCAAGGAAUGGCCAGGCAAUAGUUCUCACUGGUAAUUACUGUGUAGCUGUUAUAACUGGGGACAACUUGAUAAGAGUUUGGGACAGUGAGAAUGGAGACAAUGAUGUGUUGCCAAAUGAAAAUGAUGAGGUUGUUGCAGGGGACAUAUUCACCAGUAUUAGCUACUGCAAUUUAAGUGAUACUUUAUGCUGUGGGACAUCCCAAGGCAACUUAUAUUUUUGGAGGAGGGACCACAGAAACCGUUGGAAGUUAAUAAGCAGUACUAGUAUAAAAGGGACUGUUAAAGAAGUCAGUUGGGGAUCCGAAGGUCUGAUGAAUCCUCUGCUGCAUGUUAACUGUAUAACCAGUGUAUUUAUCCUUAGAGAGCAGCCUGUGUGUUGGGGAUACACACCAAAUGUUUGGAUGGUACAAAAAUCGGCCUAUGAAAUUGCUAUUACCAAUAAAAUGGAGCUGACAUCUAGUAUUAAAACUCAGAUCACUGUGAGGGCUUUUGCAUUUAAAGAUCAAUAUGUAGCUCUUGGAGAUGGAAAAGAAGUACAGGUGUGGAUGUGCAGUAAAGACAAUGACAUCAAAUUUUCCCUCGUGCGCACAUUCCCGUGGAAAACAGAUGCUCUCAUAUUAAACAAUGAUGUGUUGGUGGGAGUGGUUAAUCCCCACAUCGAGUGCUACUCUGUCACUGGAAACAACUUAGGUAUUCUUCCGAGCACUGAAGGAGAAGGUGAACCUAUCGGAGUCACAUACACGGGGAAAUAUAUUGUAAUAGCGACGAUGGAUGGCACUCUUAAACUCGCAGAGAUAACAAAGAAAGGACUAAGAAUGCCUUAUCCCCCUAAAAAUUGCUAUCAAAUGAUCGAGGACUUUGGCGAAGUUAUGAGAGCGUCAGUUAAUUGCAGUGGGAGAUAUAUUUGCCUGAGCAUUGCUAACGCCGGUCUAGCGCCUGAUCCAAGACUAUACUUGUGGGAUGCAGCGAAUGAUGUCAUAACGAAUACGGUUCUUUCCGACAGUCAGGCGCCGCCUUACCAGAGUGUCCCGCUAGCCAUCGUGUGGGAUGGUAUUGACCAAAGAAUUGUCGCUGUCCACAUGCGAUCCGCUGAUUUGGAUCGAGUUCACUUAUUCUUCUGCCACGAGGGGAGCCUUUAUGAGUACAAAAACUGGUGUCCGAAUUCUGAGGAGUACUUUGUGUCCGACUUUAUGCUGUGCUCUCUCUAUACACCUCACGUCGUCAUUCUGUCUCAGCAGAGUAUCAAAAAAAUAUUAAUGCAUGAAUUCGAAGAGUCUACUAGUGACGCUACGAAUUUGAAACAAACUCUUGACUUUUUAUAUUGCAUGACGGCCGGAAACUUGGAAAAAGCAGUUGUUGUUGGAACGAAUAUAACGGGGAGUAGAAGUUCUGUGAUUUGGGACAGUUUAGCCAAAGAAUGUGUGGCUCGUAGAAGACCAGACGUGGGGGCUGUAUGCUUAAGCAAAAUGGGAAACAUAAAGGGAGCACUCAUGAUGCGUAAAGCCAUGAAUGGUAAUGAUAUGGACGAGACUUGUCAGAUCGGCGUACUGGCUAUCAAUCUAGGUAUGCUAGAAGAAGCCGAAAAGUUCUUUAGAGAGGCCGAACGACCAGAUCUAAUCACGCGUCUUGUGUCGGCAAAAGAAGGCGGCCUCCAAGAGAUAACAAAUGGCAGUGAUGAGGGAGAGAACAUUUUGCUUAUAAAAAGUGCACAGCAUAAAUUGGCGAAGAUUAUGUGGGCCAAUGGGGAGACUGGGGCGGCGUUAAAAUUGUUUGAAAGCGCCGGGACGUUGGUGCCACAUGUGCCUAGAAUGCUGAUAGCUCAAGGCCAAGCGUCCGUGCUAGCACAGUACGUAGCUAAUUCUAACGACACGAAUCUCAUAAUGUGGUGGGGUCACUAUCAGGAGAGUAUAGGGGAGCUUGAUGGCGCUCUGGAAGCCUACGCUCGCGCGAACGACUUUGGGGAGCAAACGCGGCUGUUAUGUCAUAUGCACAGGAUUGAAGAGGCUGAAAAGUUAUGCAAUAAGCAUCCCGCAGCCAUGUAUCAAAUGGCGCGAUAUUUGGAGAUGCAACCGGACCAGAUUGAGACUGCAGUAAAGCUAUACAUAAAAAGCGGGGCGGUAGCGUCCGCCAUACGCGUGGCGGCGGAGGCGAGCGCGUGGCACCUCGUGUGGCGCGCCGGCUCCGCCUCGACCACGCACGCGCUGCACGCCGCCACGAUACUGGAGACUGCCGAACAGACUGAGCAAGCCAUUGCCCUGUAUCAGAAGGCCGGCAAGCCGCACAUGGCGCUGAAGUUGGCGCUGGGCUGCGGCGACACGAGCGCCAUGCUCGCGGCGGUGGAGUCCCUCGGGGAGCGCGUAGAGCCAAGCCUGGCGCGCAAACUUGCCGCGCACCUGCGCCGCGCCGAGCACCACUCGCACGCUGCCGCGCUGCUUGCCACCGCCGGCGAGUACGAGGAAGCGCUGGACAUAGUGGAACAAUCCUCGGCACCGCUGACAGAGGAGCUGGCUGAGCGGCUAGCGGCGCCGGCGGGCACAGUGGGCCGGGAUGCUCUGCUGCGGCGGCUGGCUGACGUGCUCGGCGCCCGCGGCCUGUACCACCACGCGGCCAAGAGACUCGCCAGCACCGGCGACAAGGCGGGAGCAAUGCGAUGGCUCAUGCGCUCCGGCGACGCGGACCGCAUCGCCACGUUCGCGGCGGCCACGCGCGACCGCGCCGCCCAGCUCAUGGCCGCGGACUACCUGCGGAGGCACGCCGACUGGCGCACUAGAGCCGAUCUGACGCGCCACAUACUACACUUUUACACCAGGGCCAAGGCGCACGGGAAACUGGCGGCGUUCUACGCAGAGUGCGCUAAGAUGGAAGUGGACGAGUUUGGCAAUUUCGAGAAAGCGUUAGAAGCGCUCAAAGAAGCUACUAGGUGCUUAUCAAAAACAUCGGAUCCUGAGACAGGAUCUCAAAUAAUGGCGCUUCAAGAGCAGAGUACACUUGUCAAGAAAUAUUUGGAUUUGAAGAAACUUUUGGAAUCCGGAGAAACGAAUGCCGGAGUGGCGAGCGGUCAGCAGUUGCUAAGAGCGUUAAGCGGCCGCCCCGGACUAAUCACUGAGGAGAAAGUGCUCAAACUAUUAGUGGAAUUGGCUCCAAGCCACCCUGAUAACCCAACUUUUGAGAAACAAUUGCAAAAGUUGACCCAACAACCUCAAGAAGACGCCCAGUCGGUUGAUUCGACGGAUCACAGUAUAGAAGAAGUAAUUUAAAAAAGGUGCAAAAUAAUCAUGAAAAUGUGCUCUCUACAUAUACUUACGAUGCUGUUAGUGCCUUAGUAAAUGUGGAUUAGGUAUAUGAACUCUUGGAGUUCACGAAGGAACUAUCCUAGAGUUAGUUAUUUGAAGGAAUGGUAACGUAGUUAAAUAAGUUUAAAAUCCGUCCAAUUAAACUGUGGAAACAAUCCGUCCAUAUUGUAACUAAAUAAAAUAUUUUACAU